GUAGCAGCCUGUUCAGUCAAAUACGUUAACACCAGGAUACAUUAAAUUUUUAAUUGCAUAGCUGCUAGUUUAUUCGCUACUUAAUUAAAUAAAAAAAGAAUCAUAAGGAAGAGAGUUAGCGUUAAGGUGCUGCAGCAGAUCAAUAAUAACUUGCUUUAACUCAUCGAAAUCGAAGUAACUGACUGGUGAAUCAUUCAUAAUUUACUUUUAGUAAUUAGUACCGGUAACUUAAUAAAGAAUAAAGACUAAAUAAAGUAAAGACAAAUAAUAUAGCUAUAUUGCUAGUUAUUAAAAUCAUUCACUCAUAACAAUUACAAGUUCAAGUCCUUUGCAAUUUUAUUUGCUCUAUUAGCAGAGGUGCCCGGGGACAAGAUUCAUUUUAAAGCCCCCCUUUUCUUUUUUUCAACUCUCAAACCCCUUAUUUUUACCAAUAAUUUAAUAUCAAAGCACAUUUUGGCGCCCCUAACUAGAUUGCGCCCAGGGACAUCUGUCCCUCCCCCCUCGCUACGCCUCUGUCUAUUAGUCUAUUUACUAUUAGGCCUACCAGUCUGUCUGAAUCUCCUUGGCCUUGAUUGCAUCUAUCACAGUUUAAAUACAGUACAUGACAUGUCAUGGUUAAUGAAUGAUUGGUGGUGUCUGGGUAAAUUGGUAAAUGUGUACUAAGUUUGGUCUAGAUCAGGGGUCUCAAACUCGUGGCCCACAAGACAAUAUUUUGCGGCCAGCUACAUGACAGCAAAGUUUAGUGUUAAUGUGGCCCGUACGUUUUCCCCAUUCUCAUAUCUAUAAUGUGACCAUCCAUGACAGUUUCAGUCGAAUCUCACCAACUAGUCUAAUUCUGAUUUUUAUUAUAUUUGUAUAGAUUUGGACAUUGAUUGUAAUGGUAAAAACAGUUUUAAAGCCAGACUAAAAGUUUUUAUUUCAUAGCAUUUUAUUAGACAAACAUGGCCAAAGUGCGGAUUUGAGACAAUUUUAAAAAUUCAGUUAGUGGAUAAUGUACAACUAUAAUUGUGUAAAUCAUAGCAAUCUCACACAGUAUCAAAGAAUACCUAUGAAAAUUGCCGCUAGUGUUUACGAGCGAGGGAAAUUCCGAGCCUGUCAGCUUGGUCACUUUCAAAACGGGAUUAGUCAAAAAGGCCUUUUCUUCGAUAAAAAAAUAAAAAUUAAUUCUCCCAGCAAUAGCUUCUUCCUUUGUAUCAAUAAUUCAUAAAUAUGGCUUGUGCUUGCCUACUGUUUAGCAUUUAAAGCCUUCAUGGAGAAACAAGGGGUGGUUGUUCCUUUACUAAUUGAUCUCAAAUGGCUCAUGGACUUGGCUUUUCUUGUUGACAUUACAUAGGAGUUGAAAGUACUCAACAAGAAGGUACAAGACCAGGGGUAGCUUGUCAGUGUUACCUAUGACAAUGUCAGGGCAUUCUGCACAAAACUUGUGUUAUGAUUCUUAGAGAAACCUCUGUCAUUUGCCAACAUGCAAAGUACUCAUGGAUACGGGCACACCCGUCAGUAGUAAGUAUACUGAUGCCAUUGCAAAGCUGCAGGAAGAAUUUGAUCACAUGUUUUUAGACUUUAAAACAGAUGGAGCCACUUUUCAACUUUUUGCUGACCAUUUCUCCUUUAAUUUGGAAGAUGCAUCCCCACCCCCCUACUUGCACUUCAAAUGGACCUAAUUGAUCUCCAGUGCAAUUCUAAGUUCAGGGAGAUGAAUGGAAAAACAGACAAUCAUGGAUAAUUUAUGAGAGCAGUGCCCUCCACGUUCCCUGAGAUUUCCCGGUUGUUCAAGCGGAUCAUGUGCCUUUUUUGGAAUACCUAUCUGUGUGAAAAGCUCUUUUCCACUAUUAACAACUAUUUGCAACUAUUAACAAGUCAAAGUUCAGGACCAAACUUACUGAUGAGCAUCUUCCAGCUAUACUGAGGGUCUCAGUUGCUUCCUCACUCAAACUAAAUGUUGCUCAGCUGUGUAAGAAGAAGCGCUGCCAGAUCUCUGGCAACAAGGAGUAGGAGGAAGAAAGUGAAGACAAGUUCUUGAGAACCCAUUGUUUUUAUUUUUUAUUAAUAAAGGUUCAGCAGAUUUUAACAGUUGUGCGUUAUUGAAUUUGUAAUCGCGUUUUUUGUGUGGAAUACUUGAUGCGGCCCAGUCUCACUCAGACUCUACCUCCUGUGGCCCCCCGGAUGAUUGAGUUUGAGAGACCUGGUCUAGAUCCAUCCAUUCAUGCAGGAGUAUUUGUUGAUAAUUUAAUUUAUAUAACUCAUAUAGGAAAAAAUGAAAUUUUGUGCUCUUGCCCCAAAUGGAAUAUUUUAUAAAGUUGAAAACAUCCCCCUCCCUCCAUUUUAUUCUAGAUAAUGAUGGAGAUAUGUGCCAAUUUUGGUCAAAAUCCAUCAAUCCCUGUAGACAAAAAAAAAAAAAAAAUUUUCAGUUUUGUAUAAAUUUGAUUUAAAGUUAAAAAAACCAAAAUAAGGAAAAUAUGCAAAUAAUUUUUGUUACACUUACAAACAACAUUUUGGUACCGGUAUAAAAUAAAAAAUUAAAUUUUGGUCAAAAUCCAUCAAUCCCUGUAGACAAAAAAAAAAAAAAAAAAUUUUCAGUUUUGUAUAAAUUUGAUUUAAAGUUAAAGAAACCAAGAUAAGGAAAAUAUGCAAAUAAUUUUUGUUACACUUACAAACAACAUUUUGGUACCGGUAUAAAAUAAAAGAUUGGCUUAUGUCGUCCUCACAUUGUUUUAUAUAGACAAAAUCCAUUGCCUUUUAAAAAUUGAAUCAAGCCAUGGGCAUGACAUUUGAUGAAUUAUGAUGUAACUUUUUGCUGAUAUAAAUGUAAUUUUUUUUAAUUUCAUUUUUCCACCAGACAUCACUGCUGAUUUGAAAAUUUAUUUCUUUUUAACAGGUUAAGCAUGAUGAUUAACAGAAGUAAAAGACAGUCACAACAGAUUCAAACAACAGUAAAAAUGAAGUUAGCUGUGUUAGAGAAACAAAAGCAAGACAUUCUAGAUAUUAUAGAUGACUAUGCUGGUGAGGUGAGAAUUUAGAUAAUCAAUUUUUAAAAUGUAUUUUACAUAUAAUGUUAUAUAAUGUGAGAUCCAGGCUUUGGGAUAACACUGAUAAGUAACAAUAUUUGUAAUCGAAUUCAGAACCUUUUAUUAACCUUCUAAACAUAAUUUGAUCAGUUAAAAUAUUUAAUGAUGUUUAGAAUGCUAAUAAAAGCCUCUGAGUUUGAUUUGACAUUUGAUGUUCUAAGUCCCAUAAUAUUGCAUUAUUGCAAAUCUUGACCAGAAUUUCUAUGUAUAAUACAUUGUAUUACUGAAAUGUGUUGGGUCUGGAACACUUGCAGCUUCUUAUCUUUGUAAACUCUGAUUUGCUUCACUGAUUUCCAUGUCUGACCCCUAAGUACUGUUACAUCCACUUUAAUAAAUUUAAAUAUUUUAAUUUAUGUAGCCCCUACACAGUUUAGCCCCACCCCCACCCCCCAUAUUUGUGUUCUAUUGAUAUUUGUGCUUCAAGGGGGUUAACUACCUUCAUUUUCAUUUUCUAAAUUAUUAACAUUUUAACAUGUUUAAAGUUUUUAUGUUAUCCAUAUGGGCUUAGAUCAGCAAAAUAUGAUGGACAAAUUUAAUUAUUUUCAAAAAUAUUUUACCCCAGCAGAGCAAAAUGGGGGUCGAGAUGGUAAAAUCAUUGGAAUCAUUAGAAGUGUUUUAAAUAAAGCCACAGCAGGCGCAGGUCUCAAAUUUUUGCUAUUAAUUAGCCAUAAGCCUACUAAACGUAAUAACAUUGAGAAUUUGGGUAAAAAGAUAGCAGACUUUUUAUAAUUUUAUGUCCUUUUGGUGCUUUUUUUCCUUCUUUGGUCGCACAUCUUUUUCUUUAAAAAUACCACUUUCAGUAAAAAUAUAUAUUUUUCAUGAUAUUUUUUAAGCUAACCUCCUCUGUCACUGUAGUCUUAAACAGUAUUUAAACAAGUAUACACAAUUUUAAAACAAUUGAACUGGUAGAUGUAUGGAAAAUGAAUAAUAACAUUCAGUAUCCUUUAAAAAAAUUAUUUUGAAAAAAAUUGAAAUUAAACUCUUUUUUUGAAGAAAAGAAAAACUUGUUCAUCAUACAAUUUUUUUUCAAUGUACUAUAAUAAAUUAAAAGAAACAGAUAAAAAAUGUUACCACAUGUCAACAAAAGUAAACGAGUUAUGUUUUUUCUUCAUGUUUUAAUUGUGGUUUGCUGCGGAAAUCUGGGAAUGGUCUAGGUGUGCCGUGAGUUUAAAAGUUUGCUGAGCACUGGUUUAAGAAAUACUGAAAUAUGUUGGUUAGAGGGAUUUGUUCUAAAAAGUCAUUAGUGUAAUACUGUACACCUAAUGCUCUAAUUUUGCAACUUUGUUUUAAACUUGAAAGGUGGUCAAGGCUGCAGAAAAUCUUCUGAACAGUCAGCCUGUCCCUGGACAAAGCCUUGCAGUAUACAGUACAGUCUUACAGAAACUAGAUAAGACAUCAGAACUGUUUACAAAGAUUGCAAUAAACAUGGAUUCCAUUUUAUGUAAGUUGUAAUGUAAAACUUUGUUUGUUCUUAGCUUUUGAUAAGUAAUUUAGUUGCAAUUUUAUGAAUAUUUUACACUUAUUUUCCAAUCUGUUUUGAUAUCUUGUUAAAUGUAUACCAUGGCCAGACUAGGAAGUGACUCUUGGUAUUUUGUUGAUUGUAAUUACUUGAAAUUGAUAGGGCAAGAGUUUCAGAAUAUUCUAGAUAAAAAUUCUGCACCAUGUGCAUACUGAAGUAAGUUUAAAUUACAGGCAAAUCUGGUCAAAUGUUUGAUUUUUUUUGUGUAGAUCUCUUCAAAUAGUUGUUAUUCUUCAAUGCUUUUAUGCCUAUUAGUAAAAUUUUCAUAGGAAUCUAAAAUUUAAUCCUUAUUCUUAGAAUUAGACAGAAAUAUUUUAAUUUGAAAAACAUUUGUUAAGAGUUUCAUAAGGUACUCAAAGUUCAAAACUAGGGAAGUAAUUGCCUUUAGAGUAAUUGACAAAUAGGUAAUUUAAUCUUUUCCAUAUAUUGUUAACUUUUUCAAACUAACUUGUGAGUCUUUAAUUGCCAUUAGAAAAAAACAACGACUUUAAAAUGUAGCAAUUCAUUCAGAUGAUAGUGAAUGCAAAUUAUUAUAGUGUAUGAUAAGAUAUUUAAAAAGUCAACUAAAUUGUGUUUUUGUUAGCAAUGUUGCAUAUGCCACAUAAUAUAUUUAAAAUUCUGUGCUAAUGACUUUGACAUAAGUUAUACUUCUUUUAUUUCUAAAUAAGUGCCAUAAUCUUUUUAUUUUAAAACUUAAUAUAAUUUUACUAUGUUGAUUUUCCAGAUGACCAAAGACAAUUUGAAUCAUCUGAAAGUAAAGAACAAAACGUUCAGCCAAGCUCUAAUAACCCAAGUCUUGAUAAGAAAUUUAAAACUUUAGCUACAGAUGAGGACGUAAUAUUUUCCAAAAUUGAUACAGGGAAUAGAGAAUCUUCUGAAAAAUUGUUUCUUAGCAAGCCAUUUUUAUUAGAUCCUUCCCAGUCAUCAAAAAACUUGCCUCACCUAUCUGGAAAUCAGGAAAUGAAUCUAGGUUCUGUUUUUGAAUCAAAUAAAACAGAUGAAGACAUUGCAAAGUCAAAUGCAACUACAUUAGAACCCCAAUUGCAAGAGCUGACAAGGUCCUUCAGUUCAAGUACUCCCAUGUCUGAACUUCAAAAUGCUGUUACCACAGACAUUGGUGAUGAUCAUUCUCAGCUUCCCCAUGGAACAAAACCUCAUGCAGCCUUAAAAUAUUCAGCUCCUUCAUCACUAACCAUGUGCCUAAAAAAUGUUUCAUCAGAGGUGUCAGCACCACUUCAGAAAUCAAAUUCACAAGAUAUGUUGCCACCAUUGGCAACAAAUGACCUACCUUUUAAUGUUAAAGCCCCUCCAUGUACCAGGCAGUUUAGUC